AUGAGCGUCGAGGAUGUUAUCAAUUAUAAGCGGAGCGACGAUGAAGAUUUUUACGCCCUUCUUGGGUGUGACGAGUCUGCGACGGUCGAACAAAUAACAGCUGAGUAUAAAGUACUUGCACUUCAGUACCAUCCAGAUAAGAACGAGGGCAACAAGGAAGCUGAGGAAAAGUUUCAGCAGCUCAAGAAUGCCAAAGAGAUACUUUGCGACCAAGAAAAAAGAAGCAACUACGAUAAAUGGCGACACAGCGGAGUCCAGGUCAGCUAUAAGCAGUGGGUUGGGAUGAAAGAGCAUGUCCACCAGUCGAUGCACUGGAGUACACCAAAGACGAAAGACCGAAUGUUGCCCGACGGAAGCGGCGCCGGCGGAUCUCCAGGACACGUAAGAGGUCAGCCAGCAAACGCACACAGACGGGCCUCCGAAGGGGGUGCUAAUAUUCACUACGGGGCUCGUCGCGAUCUCAACUGGGACUCCCAGGCGUCCAGCGAAGUCGUUAACAAGUUCCGUAACUACGAGAUUUAAAGAGGUAGUGGCUAAAACUACAGCAAUUACAAACAAGACAACAACUGUAACUAUACACAAGGGAGUAACAAGUAAAGGCGAGCGAUUUAAUUGUUUCCCACAUCAGACCUAA